AUGCUUGCGCCAAAUUCUAUUUUCCCGCGCUUCAAAUUGGUGUCACUGGUCACUGACAUUGUUGUUGGCAAUACUCAAGAAGUUCAAAUCAUAAUCGAAUGGGUUUGGGUGGACCGGUGGAGUUUGAUUCAGGACCCCAGACUAUGGACUUCGAUCGAUUAUGGAUCACCAAUAACUGGUUACUGUCUUCUGAGUCCAAUCACAUAUAACUAUUCGGGAUUGCUCUCCAUCUCUCUGUUCUCGUCAGAGAAGAGAAUCUUUUGUUUCUGCUUGGCAUUCCGGACGCUUAAUGCUCUAUUACUGCAGACAUGUUUCAAUUCGGAUGAACACUGGCAAGGGCCUGAAGUUGCACAUCGCAUUGCUUUUGGAAGGAAGUGGGGUUUACUUUUAGCAGCUUUAGCUUUUGCUGUUCGGCCAACAAGUGCAAUCACAUGGUUGUAUGUUGGCCUUCUUAAGCUUUUAACAGUACAUGACAGAUUGAGAUUCCUCUUUCCAGAGAUGGCUCCCAUUGGGGCCCUCUUGCUUGGACUAACCUGCUUGCUAGAUCGUUUCAUGUAUGGCAAGUGGAUUUUGGUACCUCUUAAUUUUCUAAAAUUCAAUUUUCUUUCCUCAGGAGACUAUUAUGGAACCCACAAGUGGCACUGGUACUUCAUUCAGGGAUUUACAGUCAUGAUCUUCACUCACCUACCAUUUUCCUUAGCUGGCAUAAUUUAUUCCAAACAACGGAAAUUUUCUGGCCUUAUCACCUGGGUUUCACUAUUUUACAGUGUGCUAGGUCACAAGGAAUUCAGGUUUGUCUUGCCAGUUCUUGCUAUAGCUCUUAUGUUCUCUGGUUAUUCUUUAGCCAUUAUGAACGCUUCUGGUAAAAAGGAUCCCUGA